UCGGCGGCAUUGUGCGUAUUCCCGGGACCCCGUAACGUGCAGGUAGGUACGCCGGGCCGCAGUAUAGUCGCCGUCACAGUCGGUCGCACCGCGGAGAAGACGUGCGGUGAACCCAUCAGCGACGUCGUCUGCACCUGCGGCGGACGCGGACUCGUACGAGAGCCAGCGGGCCGACGACAACCGUUCCCGAGCCGUCCGUGCCCGUGCGCUACAUUACUACCCGCGUUGUUUGCCCGGCGCGAAAUACCUGCCGCGCGCUUGCCGAAAUGAAACUCCGCACGGACAUCAGUGCCGUCGCCGCGGCAAUUGCGUUCGCGGCCGCUUGCUGUGCGCAGGCCGCGGCGGCGUCGACGCCGACGAACGUCCGGUACGACCCGGACUGGACCAGUCUGGACGGCAGACCGUUGCCCGGGUGGUACGACCAGGCGAAAUUCGGCGUGUUCAUACACUGGGGCGUGUACUCGGUCCCGGCGUUCGGCAGCGAAUGGUUUUGGAUGAAUUGGAAAGGUGAGUGUACGUUUGGUUAGGUACUUAAACUACGCGUGUAGGCGCGCGUAAUACGGUCUAUGCGAAAAACGGCAUUCUCCCCCCCCCCCCCCCCCNCCCCCCCGAUCGUCGGAUUACAUUAAGACAUCCGCAAGUUCUCGCGCCGAUUACAUUGUCGUUAUCCGAAUGACGUUAUUCCUCAUAGGGCCUCUACGCCGCCGGCGUAUCAUUUUGUUUCCUCUGUCUGUCUCGCGCGUAACAGAAACGACAAAGACACUAUGACGAUUGCAACUCUCUACAAUUGAGUUUAAAGCAAAGAGGACUGUUUUUAUAGAGAACGAUAUUAUUACCAGGGCUCGGAUUUUAAGACAUUUGCCAAUUAUUAGUAUGGGACAUAGAUACGAAUAGCAGAGUGAGCUUUGCAUUCGCUUUAUGCACCAGUGACACCAAAUGUAAAAUUUUAUCCUGCUAUUUUCCAAUUUUUGGUGUUAUUUUUUGCUAAUACGCAUAAUAUAACAAUUUAUUUUGUAUUUGUCAUAAAUAGUAGAAAUAAUGUUUCCGUCUAUAUGAAUCCAUAAGAAAUAUACUUACAUGUUCACUUCAUAUUAUAAUCAACUUUUAAAUAGCCCAGCGUUUUAACCCGUCGAACAGUUUACAAUUAUGACUUCUCGUCAAAUGUAUUUAUGUGAUAAAAAAAAAUUUAAAAAAAAAAAAUGUUUUCAUUUUUGUCAUUUUUUAUGUUUUUAUAGCAAAUUAUAACUUAUUUUUUAUGUCAUCUUAUAGCGCAUAUAUCUGUUAUUUUCAUUGUUAUAAAAUCCAAGCCUUGAUUAUUACUAAAUACUUUGACCGGAUGAUUUUUUUUUUUUUUAAAGAUAUUAUACGUGCUUUACCCAUUGAUAACUUUAUUAAGAACCAUAUAUCCGGCUAUACUUCCUUCUCGUUUCUUGAUACUCUUUCUAUCCGUGAGAUUCUCGGAGCUUUUUUCCAGUUCCGCAUGCCAAAAGCUGUGAAUUUUGCUUAGAUCAAAAUCUAUAUACUGUACAUUUGUACGCAGCUCUAAAUCGUUUCUGACGAAAUACUGUUUUGAGCAAAGUCUGGUUAAACAUGUUUUGAAAUGCUGUGAUAUUUAUGAUUUUCGUCAAAAUCUGAACUAAAAAUGUUUACAAAAAACAAAAUUGCUACAUUACGCUUUAUUUUUUUUUUUUUAAUGUCAAUCAAAACUUAAGAUGAAUCUCGUGUUAAAUUUUCAAACAUUCCAAUAACAUGUACAUGUACACAGUUUUCGCAUAUGAUAAAUAAUGUUUAAAUGUCCAAAAUCGACUGGGAGAAGAUGUUAUGCUUGUCCGUGGAAUGUCUUAAUAUCCAUUAAAAUCAUAUUAAUCAUAUAAUUCCAUUAUUUACCAUAAACACUAUUAUUUUUAUGUUACCUAUACCGUUAAUCGUACAUAACAAUGUAAAUAAUGUGCCUAUUAAAAUGUAAAGCUGGUUAUCGUAUACUCACGUAAAUAGUACAAACAAAAAAAAAAAAAAAACCAUUUUUAAACAUUAAAUGCAUACGUACAGUUUUAAUAUAAUAUUUGUUUAUUUAUUUGUAAUAACGGACUUAAAGUCUACAUUUUAGGAAACAAUUUUACAACGGUUAGAUACAAUAAAAGUUUUAAAGUUAAAAUUAAAAUAUAAACAUAAAGUCAACUGGUGGGAAAAAAAAUAAUAAAAACACGAAAACUAUUUACACAGAAAUGUCUUAUAGUCUUUCAAAAAAAAACCAUAUAUAAUUUGUUUAACAUUAUAAAAUAAUAUAUUAUAUAUAUGUAUAAUGCCUUCGUAAAUUAAUUGGAGAAUCAUACACCCGGUUGAAAAUAUAUUAUGUAUUUGUAUUAUUUAUUUAUUUUUUUUUUUUAUUUUGUGUAAUAUAUAAGUAAUAUUAUAUUAUAUUUAUGACUUAGAUGACACGUCAUAGAUGCCCGCAUGUGCAGUAUCCGUUUUACUAACGCACGACGUAACUCGCUUAAUUUUGGUUUUAUAUAAUAAAAUUAAAAGAGCCCACCAUUUCGGAGUGCAAGACGAUACCUUUUAUAUUCUGAGUGGAACGAGGAAUGCAUUGGUUUUACAAUGAUGUUUUAUUUUUAUUUUUCUGUGGACAGCUUUGCUAUCAGCAAUUUUGCUUCUAUUUACAAUAAUAGCACUUUUUCUAAAAGGAAAUCGGACUGGAGAGGUACACUAAGGAGGCCAUUUUUCGAUUAUCUCAGGAGUUAUCCCAAAACAUGAGAAAACAUAAAAAACGGGAAAUUAGGGACAAUAUUAAACAAAUAUUAUUAUAGAAAAUAUAUAAUGCAUAUGUAAUUAUUUUACCAUAAUAUGACAUAUUGUUGACAAAGCAGUACUAUUAACCGAAUUCCGCUCAGAAUCGUUUUAUCGUUAGCAAUGGUUAAUCGUUGCGUACAUAUAUACAUUCAAGUUUCCCUCUAACUUCCCGGCUUAUAACCUAUAGCCUAUAUAGUUACCCAUCCCCAUUAUCUUAGGACAGCUUUUUUUUUUCAUUAUUUCAAAUAUAACAAUCAAUACAUCGUUUAGGAAUAACGACUAUUUAAACAUUUUUAAAUGGCCGUCAACCGUCUGCAUGGUCGUUUAAGUGUUACCCAAAACGAAUUUAUCUGAGUGUCACCUAUUUCCAUAAUAAAAUCACAUUGCAUAUUCAACAAUUGGAGGAAAAACCCGAAUGAUAAUUAUAUUUAAAUUAUAAUACAAAUCAAUUAAUUACAAUUUGUAUAUUCGAUUACAAUUGUCUUCAUUUUUUAUUAUUAUUUUUAAAAAUACAUCGUCUUGCACUUUGAAACGUUGUCCUCUUUCGUUUUUUUUAUUACUUUUACUUUAAAAUCACAAACGAGUUCUAUUCAGUCUGCAUAGUGUAUACCUAUGUAUGCACAUGUAUACACAAUAUGCAUUUGCUAUAGGUAAGUAGGUAGGACACGGAGAUAGGACAUGCGGAUAUGACGUCCGUUUAAGCUUGAACAUAACAUACAUGUAUAAAGCGUGAAUACGUCGAGAAAAUGUCUAAAUAUAAGACAUACGAACAAUAACGAUAUAUAUUAUUUAUUAGUUAUCAUCCGGUCACGCGCAGUGGCGUAUUUAUGGGAAGGGGGAUAUGGGGAAUAGAUUUCCUCCCUUGGCUUUUUUUUAUGUAUAAACCACACACACACGUUCUGUAAUAUGUUAUUUUAUAUACUAUUCUACUUGUAUACGUAUUUUUAACAGUUAAAUUUAUAAUAGUAUACACCGACAUUAAGUCACUUUGUUAUUCUGUGAGUAUUAUCACACAAUAAUAACAACAAAAUCAAAAUAGGAUUUUCAAAAACAAAAUAUUAAUUUAAACCGUUUAUAAAUAUUGUGUGUGAUGGUUUGUGAUUAUAGACUAGACUAAAUGGGUUAGCUCUGCUGUCUUGUCACAGUUGAGGUCAAGACAGAUUCGGCCUCUCAAUACCUAAUACUUCGAAAGUCUAUGAGGAAAAAAUUAGGCUCUAAAAAUAUUAUUUCAUAUCCCUCUCAACAAUAAAAUCCUAUAUACGCCUCUUGUCACGCGUAUACAAUACGCGUUUUACCGUAAUAAAGAUAAUAAUAUUUAUACAUGGCGCAGGUAGGAGAGGUCCGACUUAUGUGAAUUUCAUGACGAAAAACUACAAACCCGGUUUCACUUACCAAGAGUUCGGUCCUCAGUUUACAGCAGAAUUUUUCGAUCCGAUGCAAUGGGCCAGCAUAAUCAAAGAUUCCGGAGCAAAGUGAACAAAUAUUAUAAUAUAUUAUUCGUUUCAUAAAAUAUAUUAUUAUGUUAAUUUCUACUAAUUAUAAUAUAAUAUAUUUAUUAUGUAGAUACGUAGUUUUGACAUCUAAACAUCACGAGGGCUACACUUUGUGGCCAUCAAAAACAUCGUUCGGAUGGAAUUCCGUAGACGUUGGGCCCCACAGGGAUCUAGUCGGUUGGUAAAAUAAUAUUAUUCUCACGCGUUGCGUUGUAAUAAUGUUUAAAACGUGAAUUUCACCGUAAGUAAUUUGUCGUAUGAAAAAAAAAAAUAGGUGAACUGAGCCGAGCCAUAAGGAGUUUAAACACAACACGAUUCGGAUUGUACCAUUCGCUGUACGAAUGGUUUAAUCCGCUUUGGAUACAAGACAAACAGGCGAAUUUAACGACCAGACAUUUUGCUACUGAAAAAGUCCUUCCAGAACUUUACGAACUGGUAAGACGACUAGAAAUAGAUAUAUCUAUACGCGCGAUCGCGCAAAAAAAAAAAUUAUGCGUCAAUAUACGAUAUAAUAUAAUCGUACCUGUCUGGUCUAAGUAUAGUUACUUAUUAUAAACCUGAUAUUAUUGCAGUCUUCUUAUUCUACUUGGCUAUAGUCUUUAAAAUCAUACCGUUAAAUUAUACAAAACAUGCCAUCUGUGGCCUGUUCUCUGUCGUUUCUCUCUUCAAAGUCUUUCUCAACACAAUAUUCUCGCCUUAAUUAUGCAGAUAUUUUUAAAGACAUUUUCCCCAAUACGGCUAAAAGGUUCUUCCUUGAUAUUCUAACUAUAACGGGCUUUUGGAACAUACAUUUGAAGUUCGUCGUAAAGAACAUUACGAAUUACAAAAUGCUAUUAUAUAUUAUAAUAUUAUAUAGGUGAAUAAUUAUAAGCCGGAGAUCAUUUGGUCGGACGGUGAAUGGGAAGCGCCGGAUACCUAUUGGGAUUCGUUAAACUUUCUCAGUUGGUUGUACAAUGACAGCCCCGUCAAAGACACGGUAGUAGUAAACGAUCGAUGGGGCGGCGAUACGCUGUGUAAACAUGGUGGAUUUUUAACUUGUGCCGACAGAUAUCAACCGGGUUCGUACCCAUAGUCCAUAUAUUAAAAAAAAAAAACACAUUUUUUUUCUAAUUGUUUUUAAUAUUACAGGAAAGCUCGUGACUCGAAAGUGGGAGAACGCCAUGACCAUCGAUAAGUACUCAUGGAGUUAUAGAAGAAACGCUCGGUCGUUGGACGUGUACACGAUAAAAAAAUUGAUCGCCCAACUAGUGGAAACUGUCAGUUUUGGAGGUUCGCCAAACUCAAAAUAAUAUAGAGUUACAAUUAAUUAGGUAUCGAAAUUCCGGAAAAAUUCCGGGGAAAACGGGUUUUCCUAGUUUUAGGAAAAUUUAAAAAAAAAAGUCAUGAGAAAAUAUAUUUUCAACGUAAAAAAAGUUUUUAAAACUUUUUAGAAAAGUACCAAAAUAAUUUAAUUUUUCCGGAGGUGAAAUGUUUUCCUCCAAAAACCAAUUUUCCGGAAAUUUUUUCUCCCUACAAAAAUUAUCUAUUUUUCUUCAACUGCAAUCAUUAUUUCAUCUGCCUAUCUGUUAUUUUAAUAUAUAACAAAAUACGAACUUGCAGGUAAUCUGUUAUUAAACAUUGGCCCCACCAGUGAUGGCAUGAUACCACCGUUGUACGAAGAACGUCUGUUACAAAUCGGCCAGUGGUUGUCCGUCAACGGUGAAUCCAUUUUCAACAGUAAACCGUGGCCGAAUUGUCAAAACGAUACGCAAAAUCCGCAUUUAUGGUAAAACCAUCAAACGUAUAUUAUGCGAGAACCAUAUAAUCAGUGGCGCGACCAAGAUUCCAUGGAGGGGGAGAGAGGGUUAUGAAUUUCAAAAAAAUAUCUGGACAAGUUUUUGAGAUAAUAAAUGAUCUCAACUUGUGUGUUAUAAACCCCUCCUCCCUCUACACACACACUCUGGUUACGCCACUGCGUAUAUAAUACAAUAAUAUUUUUCCUAGGUUUAAUUUGUAAAAUAUAAAUAGGUACACUCAAGGAAACGUUUCUUCGAUCAUUUAUGCGAUAGUUUUGCAAUGGCCCGACGAUAAUUUACUUGAAUCCGCGUGUCUAGACAAAUCAGACAUUGCGUCUAUCGUUAUGUUGGAUACACAGAGUAAACUCAAGGUAGAUAAUAAAAAAUAAUUAUGCCAACCGAUAAAAUUGCGCUUAUAUUUUCAAGUAUAUAUCUAAUAUAAGUGCCUAUGAUGUAUUCUAAAAAACUAACAUUUUUCUAGUGGACUCAAAAUAAGGAAGGCGGUUUAAUCGUUAAGCUAGAAGACAAAUCCAAGAUAAAAACCCAUUGGGGAUGGGCACUACGCGUAACUCUGAACUCCACCUAAGUGUUUUUUAUUCGAGAAUUGUAUCCUUUCAUUUGUACCAAUAGUAUUUCGUACGAAACAAUUGUACCGAACACCUGUAUGUAAAACAAAUUUAUAAUAAUAAUAAACGUACAAGUAUAAGUACAACCUAUAAUACCAAAAAAAAUAAACUUUUUAUUAUAUUUUACUCACGGUUAAUAGAAAUCGUCUGGUCAUCAUAAACAUAUGGCUUCCGGUCAGUCCGACGUGAUCUUUUUGUAUUUGCAACAUAAAAAAUUCUACCUGUAUACCGAAAAAUAAACUGUACUAUUGAUAAAAAAUGUAUACCUACCUACUUAAAAUAUCAUGAAUUUAUUACCUACUUCUUUACAGUACGAUUUCUGUGAUAUAUCAUAAAGUGUCCUCUUUGGCAGUUUACUGUUUUCGUAAAUUUUUACGGAACACAAACAUAACAAACAUCCUCUCAACGAAGAUACCAAAAACGAAAGAAUGGCAUGUACGUAGUGACUUAAACUGUUAUUUUCAUUUUUUUUCCUGUAAUGCGAUUAUAAUAUAUAA